CAAUGUAGGCAGUCGUGUGACACGGGAAAAGGUUCUUCAGACAACGUUACUGGAAGUAAACAUUUCUGCGAUUGAAACUGGCUUUAUGUGUCAACUGAAACGUGUUUCGUUCGUUUAUGUGUGAUUUUAUAAUACUGUUUCCUUGUCGGAUACAUGCAGCUAGCUGCUUAGUACCGGUUAAGCAAGUAGGAUUCCGGGGUCUGGCUUGGUAUGGUUGCGUUGGUUGGUAUGCAGCGUUAUCUAGAAGCACUUUGAAAGAGUUAGCCAGAUUGUAGGUAAAUAGUUGGUUAACUACAGCACGCAGUCUUGCAGGUUCGGGGAUUUCCUAAGAUUUAUCUAAAUAAAGCUAGCCACUAUACAGCUAAUUCAUUUUACGCAAGUAUGAAUUCAGAUUUGGUCAUAUUGCUGGAAACCGUAAAUUUUUCAGCAGAAAAACACAGAAAUCAACGGCGUAAGGACCCGGACGGCACCCCGUACAUCAAUCACCCGAUAGGGGUGGCGCGAAUAUUAAGCCACGAAGGUGGAGUUACAGACAUUGAAGUUCUACAGGCAGCUUUACUCCAUGACACAGUGGAAGACACAGACACGAGCAUCCCGGAGCUCGAGGCUGCCUUUGGGCAGACAGUGGCAAGGAUUGUCCAGGAAGUGACAGAUGACAAGACCCUGCCCAAACAGGAGAGGAAGCGUCUGCAAGUGGAGCAUGCGCCACAUUGCAGCCUCCAGGCCAAGCUGGUCAAACUGGCAGACAAACUGUACAACCUGAGGGACCUCAACCGCUGUACUCCCACUGGUUGGACAGAGGAGCGGGUUCAGGAGUACUUUGUGUGGGCAGCACAGGUAGUGAAAGGACUACGUGGCACCAAUCCAACACUAGAGGACAAACUUCAGCAGCUCUUUAAGCAGAGAGGUGUCGAGAUGUGACGCUCCUGUAAGACAGAGUGGGCCAGCGCCAGAACUCACUCUAUCGGAAAAGACUGUCUUUCUAAAAUGAUUGUAUUGGUGCUAAGCCCUGGCCUCAGAACUCUAUGCUAUUUUAAUCAGAUUCUCUACAGAAGAAGUUAUCUCUCUUAGUGUGUGGUUUAAUCGGUAAUGUAUUACCUCAUACUGUGUGUACACCGAUAUAUGGUUUUAAACGAAGUGCUGUAUCUCACGCUUCGGCUUCAGUAUAGGUUAUUCGUAUUGAUUAAGCACUUUUUGGGAAAAUAAAGUUUAUUAUGGUCAUGUAGAUGCCACAGUUGUGUUCCAUACUUCACUGAAAUCUGUUCAAGU